UCUAGAGAGAUAAACGGCUCUUACUUCAGCUCCGCACACUCUCUCCUCCACCACCAUUAACCACAACUUUCCGCCGUCUCCUUCAACUUCAAUUGUUCGGCGAGCUAUGAACUCCAAGCACAAGCAGAAGCGGCAACUGCUGAAGCGGAAGCUGCUGGAUCGGCGCAACGCCACCUCCGACGACUCCACCACCCUACGCACCAGCUCUCUGGACCUCUCUCCUCUCUCCUCACACCCCAGCUUCCAAAUGCAAUGGAUAGCCGCCAUGUCAGACAAAAUCUGCCCCUUCCCCGGCCUCUCCCUGGAGGAUUUUCUCAUUCGGGAGACCUGGAUGUGCCUGUCUUCGCUUAGUCUCCUUCCGGAGAAGCAGCCGGUGGCGGAGGAGGUGACCAGAGAGUUUGGAACUAGGGUUAGGCUCACUGAUAAAGUUGAGGUUGGAAAUGAAGAGGAUGUGGUAAUUGAGAGAAAUAACGUUAGUGGAGGGAAUGCUGGGAUGGGGAAAUCUCGUGUUUUUCCUCGAGGUGACAGGCAUAUGGAUUCGUCAGCUCAAUGCGGAAUUGUUAACCCUUCGGAUGGAGAAGAGGAGACGGAAAUCGAGAGAAAUAAGGUCGAUGGGGAGAACAUUGGGACAGAAGAGUCUUGUUCUUGCACGUUAAACGAUGAUGAUGAGAAUUCGACUCUGGAGUCAGUCUAUGGGAUUUCGCCAAAUGGCCAAUUCAAGCGCACCAUCAAUUCCUGGCAGAGGGGUGAGCUUAUAGGAAGUGGAUCUUUUGGAAGAGUGUACAAAGGCUAUACUGAUGAUAGAAUCAUUUUUGCUGUGAAGGAGGCUUCAUUGCUUGAUCAAGGGAGCCAGGGCAAACAAAGCAUUUAUCAACUUGAACAGGAGAUUUCUCUUUUAAGUCAGUUUGAACAUGAGAACAUAGUUCAGUAUUAUGGCACAAACAAGGUAUGUUUCUUAUGUUCUUGAGUUAGUUUCUUUUGUUUACUUGUAACAAAUUACAAGAUAUGUUAUUUUUUA